AUGCCGCGGAAUUUAUACGUGACGGGUGGUAGUGAUGAAGAAAUGGACGAGAUGAUCAGUUGGCAAUGCAAGGCAAACGACAGGUUGAGGAGACAAGCGAUGGACCAGCGUACCGCGUACGCAUCGGGUCGCUACUUAGCAGAACGCGAGGAAACGGCGGCCGCGGCGGACCGGGAGUCGGGCGCGGCCGAAGACGGAGCGAGGGGUAGAAAGGCACGGAUCGAAGAAGGGCUAGAAGGAAUGCGGGGUAGUCGGGAGAUCGGAUUACCAGAUCGUGCGGCGGCCCACGCCAAGCCAAGGCGGAUGCUGGCGCGGAAGGACGACGCCGGAAGGGGAAAGAACGAGGAGCUGCCAGAACGAGCGAGAAACCGCGAGAAACCGCGCGUCAGACUCCAGUCAGCAGCGACGGAGAGAGCGAGGCCGGGGCGGGGCGGCGGGGAGAAAGGGCGGGGAUGA